AUGGCUGACGAGAGGGACACCUACAUCACCCGACUACACCAACGCGGCCUCCUCAUCCCACCCCCGACAAAGAAAUGUUUCAACUGCAAAAAGAACUUUACCGGCGCCUCCAACAUCUGCCGUCCAUGCGCCAAGAGCCUGUACCCUAACAAAAAAGCCAAACCCGAUGCCUACCUCGACGUGUGCCAGAAAUGUCUCCCUCAACUGGAGCCCAGGGUGGAUGGGCGUGUUCCCAAGACUCUGCAUCUUGGACCUGGGUGGUGCGUCAGGUGUAAUGCCGUGCCUGGUAAUGAAUUUCCUCUCAUGUGUGAUGAGUGCGAUAUUGUUGAGCCGUUGCCCGUAUUGGUCAAGAAUGAUAGGGGUGGUGAGGUUAAUCUGUAUGAGGACGUUGAGACGCUGUGGUGCGUCAAGUGCGAGAAGCAGGCUGACUCGUACUGUCGUACAUGA